ACGCGCUUGUGCUGCCAUUUGUUGGCCCGCAAGCCAAACAGACCGAGUCGAUGUGUUCGAGCGAGCCGUGUGUGUGAGAGAGGUGAGAGGCACGGGUUGGAAAUCAGCGGGGAAUCGACGGCCAUUUUGCUGAGUGCUAAAAGUUAAAAAAUACGCUGAAGCAUGUCAUCAUCCUCGUCCUCCUCAGGUUUGAACAACAUACGAAGACUGUUACUGCUCUCAAACUCAACGCAAUGUGGCAGCGGAUUUUUAGAGCACUGUACGGAUAUUGUGAAGCAGUUCUUCACGGGAUUUGGCACUCAGAAGGUGUUGUUCGUGCCGUACGCCCAUACUGACUUCGAUAAUUACGCUGCAAAAGUGAGGGACAGCUUCGAAAAGAUUGGAUUCAGCGUUGAAAGCAUCCACGAAUUCCAGGACCCCGUGGAUGCUGUGAAACAUGCUCAAGGUAUCUUCGUCGGCGGUGGCAACACAUUUCGGUUGCUGCGGACUCUAUUUGAAAAGAAUCUUGUCGACGCGAUAAGGAUACGUGUACUUGAAGAUGGAAUGCCCUACAUGGGAGCUAGUGCUGGAAGCAACGUGGCAACCGUCAAUAUUUGUACAACCAAUGACAUGCCCAUAUUCUACCCUCCAACUUUUAAUGCUCUCAACUUGAUCCCGAUCAACAUAAAUCCACAUUAUAUUGAGUCAAAUUACGACAGCCCAUAUAUGGGCGAAACACGGGACCAGAGGAUCUUCGAAUACCUCGAAGUCGGAAACCAUAUCCCGGUCUUGGGCAUGAAAGAAGGAAGUCUGCUAUGGGUCGAAGGGAAUACAAUCAAGCUGCUCGGUGUCUCUGACGCCAAGCUGUUCAGAGAAGGUGCGGAUCCUGUUUACUACAAGCCUGGCUCAGAUCUGAGCUUUCUGUUGACACCUGCAGCACAGCCACAACAAGCGUGACUUGGAAAGUGCUUUGAUUUCUAAAUUGGGGGCUUAGAUGGAAAGUGUGGCUGUCAAUCAAAAGACACUGCUCAGUCAGCUAACUUGUGUAAUAAACAGCUGAACGGAAAA